CCGACAAGAUCGCGCUUGUGCCGGCUGGCUGGGAUAUCUCAUCACAAUCUCUAAUGACGCCAUACGAGCCAAGGUCGCCGGAGUCAUCUUUUCAGCCAAUCUGGCAACGGCCUCGUAUCUGACAGGGUGCGGAGUGACUGACCCUGGGCAAAGAAACAAAACCCAGUCAGAUGUAACAUGGCAGAUAUCAGUCGCUUGCAAACUGCCAAGAUGUAUAUGGGUCUAGUGAUGGCUGAUUUGAGUUAUUAAAGAGUAAGAUUGUAGUACGGGCUGGCAUUUCUCUUAAAAAGCUCAACGCCGGACAGCCCCCAAGUCCCCCAGAGUUGCAUGAACUCUACCAUUGCGUCGGGAUCGCCAGCAAUGUCGUCCACCGACCACGCAAAGCUGCCUGACGAGGUUGACCAGGAGGCCCAAGACUCCCAGCCCUUGAAGCCCGUGUCGCGUUUUACGCGCUGGUUUCGCAGCCCUUUGUUCAAUGUCAUCAUCGUCGGCUUGAUUUCGUUCACUCAACCCGGCAUUUGGAAUGCGCUCAACAGCACCGGCGCGGGCGGUCAACAGGAGCCCUACCUCGUCAAUGGGGCCAACUCUUUGACUUUCGGUAUCAUGGUCUUCGGCUGCAGUUUCUUCGCCAUUAUGGCCAACAAAAUCGGCCUCAAGACGGUCUUGAUCAUCGGCACGCUUGGCUACGCACCUUACUCGGCUUCUAUGUACGUGAACAACCGUUACGGAGUCGAAUGGUUCGUCCUGUUUGGCGGCGCUACCUGCGGUAUUGCCGCGUCUGCGUUGUGGGCGGCUGAAGGUGCCAUCGCUCUUGGAUAUGCCGACAUCAAGGACAGAGGCAAGUUCACUGGUAUCUGGCUCGGGCUCCGGGAGCUGGGCCAACUGCUCGGAUCCUCUAUCCAGCUUUCCUUGAAUGCCAAAAACGGCCAGCGAGGAAAGGUGGGAUACUCAACCUACCUUGUGCUAAUUGCCCUCCAAUGCCUUGGUCUUCCCCUGGCCCUGCUCAUAUCGCCUCCGCAGAAGGUAAUCCACAGUGGCGGAAGGAAGAUUGCCGACCCGACGAAGAACAAGGUUGUCAUGGGGGAAUUCCGCAAAUGGUUAAAACUGCUCAAAAAGAAGCAGUUUUACCUCUUGAUCCCUAUCCUGAUUGGCUUCAACUGGAACAGCACAUAUCAGGGCAUCUACCUCACAAAGUACUUUUCCGUCAGAGCCAGAACAUUGGGCGGCUUGACCUCUGGCAUUGCAGCAUCCGCUGCCAACAUGUUCUGGGGAUGGUUCUACGACCUGAAGUGCUUCAGUCGCCCGCAACUUGCAAGGAUCACCUGGGCUUUCUUUUCAGUUAUCAUGCUGGGUCUAUUCGCCUGGCAGGUCGCCAACGAGAAGUUGUACGGGGACACAGUUCCGAAGAUUACUUUGGACUGGACUUCUCCCGGGUUCGGGCGCGGCUUCGCAGUCAACGUGCUUUUCCGGUUCAUGAACGAGUCACAUUAUAUGUUCGUUUACUGGCUCAUGGGCACAUUCUUUGACGACAUUGAAACCCUGACUUUGGGCGUCGGUCUCGUGCGGUCAUUUGAGUCCAUUGGAUCAUGCUUAUCAUUUGGUAUAGGCGCAGUUAAGAUCUCGCCUAUGGUUAACCUUAUUGUCGCAUUCGUUAUGUGGGAGCAGCAAGGUGAGGCAAUAUCCGUUGAUAUUGGUGAUGUGUAGCUGACUAGAAGUGGGCUGCCUACAGUGGGCAGAGGCUGCCUGAGAAGGAGGUGGAGGUGGGUCACGUGACCCAUGGGCUCCUCUACUAACACUCCC